CAUCAUGUAUAGCCCACAAAGGUAGGAAUCUUACCUUAGAGCUUCCCUCAUAACUCUCCAAAAUAAAAAUUUGAGCAACCCCUCCAUUGGGUUCUCCUCUAUUUAAAGGGGAAGAAAGGGUGCAAUGGAUUCAUAAGAUCCUCCAAAAAUUCAAAUUAAAAAAAAUGGAUGUUGAAAAGCUUGAGAAUGAUGCAAUGGAUGGUGUUGCUCAGUUGCAGAAGCAGCUGGUUGACUACUCAGCUUCACUCUUUGAGGAGGCAUUUCUGGAUGAACAGUUCAACCAACUUCAGCAGCUGCAAGAUGAAAACAACCCAGACUUUGUAGUUGAAGUGGUGUCUCUUUUCUUUCAAGAUGCUGAGAGGCUUGUUAAUGAACUCGCAAAAGCUCUAGAUCAGCAGUGUGUUAACUAUAAAUUUGUGGAUAAAAGUGUUCACCAAUUGAAGGGUAGCAGCUCCAGCAUUGGUGCUCAGAGAGUUCAGAGGGCAUGCAUUGCAUUCCGGAACUUCUCCGAGGAGCAGAACGUCGAAGGGUGCGUAAAAUGUCUGCAGCAAGUGAAGCAUGAGUAUUUACUUGUGAAAAAUAAACUGGAAAAUCUUUUCGAGCUGCAGAGACAGGUUGUGGCGGCAGGCAGUUCGCUUCCAGGGUAAUGCAAAAUGGUGAGAUCCAGUGAAGAGGUGAACUUUAUGAUUAACAGCAGAUUAAAUAACUGAGGGAAGCGCAUUGUGGGGCUGUUGCUAGAUAUGCAGAGAAGCUAUGCUGUUUUUACUUUCUUCUUUUUAUUUGUCUGAUCUCUUAUGUGGUUGAGCAUCCAAAUUGCUUGGGGCUCAGAAGGAGUUGAGCUGAGCUGAGCGGAGAUCAUAUGGCAAAUAAUGUGAAUUAAUGAAUCUUUCUACCUCUAAAUUUGUGGUAGAGGCUUCCUAUGCAAA